AUGGACCAGUUCUCUUUGACGGAUGCUGAUAUAACCGUACUGCUUAGUAGCAGUUGUGCUCAGCUUCUCACAGCCGUCCACACAGCCGUGCACAGAGCCUUGCUCAGCUCCACACAGCCGUACCCAGCUCCACACAGCCGUACCCAGCUCCACACAGCCGUACCCAGCUCCACACAGCCGUUCACACAGCCGUACCCAGCUCUACACAGCCGUACCCAGCUCCACACAGCCGUACCCAGCUCCCCACAGCCGUACCCAGCUCCACAGAGCCUUGCCCAGCUCCACACAGCCGUGCACAGCUCCACACAGCCGUGCACAACUCCACACAGCCGUGCACAACUCCACACAGCCGUGCACAACUCCACACAGCCGUGCACAACUCCACACAGCCGUUCACACAGCCGUACCCAGCCCCACAGAGCCUUGCCCAGCUCCACACAGCCGUUCAAACAGCAGUGUCCAGCUCCACACAGCCGUGCCCAGCUCCACACAGCCGUGCACACCUCCACAGCCGUGCACAGCUCCACACAGCCGUGCCCAGCUUCACACAGCCGUGCCCAGCUCCACACAGCCGUGCCCAGCUCCACACAGCCGUACCCAGCUCCACACAGCCGUGCCCAGCUCCACACAGCCGUUCAAACAGCAGUGUCCAGCUCCACACAGCCGUGCCCAGCUCCACACAGCCGUGCACACCUCCACAGCCGUGCACAGCUCCACACAGCCGUGCCCAGCUUCACACAGCCGUGCCCAGCUCCACACAGCCGUGCCCAGCUCCACACAGCCGUACCCAGCUCCACACAGCCGUGCCCAGCUCCACACAGCCUUGCCCAGCUCCACACAGCCGUGCCCAGCUCCACACAGCCGUGCCCAGCUCCACACAGCCGUUCACACAGCCGUACCCAGCUCCACAGAGCCUUGCCCAGCUCCACACAGCCGUGCACAGCUCCACACAGCCGUGCACAGCUCCACACAGCCGUACCCAGCUCCACAGAGCCGUGCCCAGCUCCACACAGCCGUUCACACAGCCGUGUCCAGCUCCACACAGCCGUGCCCAGCUUCACACAGCCGUGCACACCUCCACACAGCCGUGCACAGCUCCACACAGCCGUGCCCAGCUCCACACAGCCGUGCCCAGCUCCACACAGCCGUGCCCAGCUCCACACAGCCGUGCCCAGCUCCACACAGCCGUGCCCAGCUCCACACAGCCGUGCACAGCUUCACACAGCCGUGCCCAGCUCCACACAGCCGUGCCCAGCUCCACACAGCCGUGCCCAGCUCAACACAGCCGUGCCCAGCUCCACACAGCCGUGCCCAGCUCCACACAGCCGUGCCCAGCUUCACACAGCCGUGCACAGCUCCACACAGAUAGAGAAAAACAAAAACAUUAGUAAAAGUUUCAUUUGA